AUGAUUGGAGGCCGAUCAAUCCUGAAGUUUCCAUUUGUUGGUAUUAGAAAAGGUAUUUCGGGGAAUGCAGUUCCCGGACUUGCAUUGUCAAUGGCUGUCCUUAAGCCCAUUAGUGUUGUGAUGCCCAAGGUCCUCACAGAUAACCUCUACAAGGGUGCAAUGGCGCUUGCUACUCGCCCGUUUUGUGUUGGAGACAAAAUUAAAAUCGACAAAUAUGAUGGACUUGUGAGGGACAUAAGCUUUUGGUAUGUGACGCUGGAGAGAGGAAAAGGCUAUGUGUUCAUACCCAUGUCCCAUGUAUAUAAUACUGUUGUUGAGCUGUUCAAAUAG